AUGCCUCAAAUCCAGAUCAUGACCGGCACAGAGAAGUCAAAGCCCUUUACCGUCGCAGUUUUCUGCGGCAGCAAGCCUGGAAAGAACCCUGCAUACAUAAAUGCGGCUUCCGACCUCGCCCAAGUCUUUCACGAGCAAGGCUGGAACCUCGUCUACGGUGGUGGCACUACUGGCAUCAUGGGUCAAGUUUCCAAGAGCUUAGUCUCUCUCUCCGGCCCUCAUUCCGUUCACGGUAUCAUUCCUUCCCCUCUCUCUGCCAAAGAGCAGGAAAACCUGUCCGCUACCUCGGCUGAAUCUCACCACUACGGUAUCCACACUGUCGUCCCGGACAUGCACACCCGAAAGCGCAUGAUGGCUCAAGAAUCAGAUGCCUUCAUCGCCCUUCCCGGUGGAUACGGUACAGCCGAAGAGCUCUUCGAGAUUGUCACCUGGAAUCAGCUCGGAAUCCACGAUUCGCCUAUAAUCUUACUCAAUGUCGAUGGAUUUUGGGAUGGGAUUGUCGGGUGGAUCAAGCAAGCCGUCGACGACGAGUUCGUUGUUGGUGAUUGUGGUGGGAUCAUCAAGGUAGCGAACUCGGUCGAAGAGGUUCCUAAGUUGAUCAAGGAGUAUAAGCCGGCCAAGGGAAGGUUCAAUUUGACUUGGGGCAAAGAGUAG